AUGCGGGUACACAGAAGGCAGGGAGGAGGUUACCUGUCAAACAGCACAUUUGUACGAUUGCUGCCAAAAUGUUGCGCACUUCGCGACACAAAUCACUUAAUUGAUUGUGCAUUUAUCGGUGUCAAGAACUAUUCUAAAGACUUGGAGAGGCUUGCGGAGCAGUGGGUGGACGCAUGCAAAAAGGCUCCUCCGACAGAUCCCAGAUUCGCCAAUCUGGGAAGUACUGUGAUCGCAACACCUCUCUUCGACUCCUUGGUGGAUAAGUGGAGGUACCACAUGUCAAGUGGGAGACGGAACUACAAUCCAGCUACAGGGGAAUGCACUGCCUCCCCCUGUGGUGCAACCAAACAAUACCAACUUUGGCUGUGCGAUCAAAGCCAAAAAGAGCCCAUUCAACAAACAGCUGGACCUACAAUUACUACUGCCGUCACCAUGACGGCGACGGCGACAUCAACAACACCGAAAAGGAGCACUACUGUGGUGGCGAAGUCAGAUACGAGCUCAAAGCCUCCUCCUUCUGCAUCAACAAACCCUUUGAAGGCAAUGCACGUGUCGAAUUACCCUACAGAUCUUCCAAUCGAGGAAGAAGAUGAAGGAGCUGAAGAGGGAAAAGACGAAAAGGAGGAGGCAGAAGAGGCCCCUAAAUUGAUUGCAUCGAUGGAAAUCACUGUUGAGACAGUGAAGUCAAGUAUGAACUCACAGCCGCAUUUUGUUGUUAAUGGUGCUGAAAUGGAAGAAGCUGAAAACGAAAAAGGUGUGGAGGAAGAAGACAAGGAGGCAGGAAGGACCUCUGAAUCAACAAUACUCUCUCCGCACCUUCUCUACCUUGGCGUGAUUGCAAUCAUUCUCCUUUCUUGA